AGGGGAGUUAGAUCUUCUUCUCGCUUUCUGUCUUCUUCCUCUGGGAAGUUUAACGUGCUGGUGAUCUCUGGAUUCAGGGAUGUGGCCGCGGCACGAGGAGUUGGAUCGUGAUCGAGCUGCUGUGGGGAUCACGGACCCACUGGUGGGGCCGCUUGCGAUAGAUGAGUUGGGCAUGCCUAUGAUGUCUGUGUAAUGUGGAACCGAACUCGCUUGAUGCCGAGUCCAAUGAUGUGAAUCGCGUUGACCCAGCAACGGCUUUCCCCGGUUGAACAGACCUGUUAAUCCCGUGGAACUUCUCCUCCAGAGAAAAACUUGGUCCCCGUAGGUCGGAACAAAGGCAAAGAUCAGCAUCACUGUACCCAACUAGCUCCCUAAGAAGGCAAGCCGAUGAAAGGAGGGCUUCUUCUGUUGCUGAUGUGCUUUGUUUGUGUUCGACAUGGUUUCAGCCGCACAGACUCACAAGAUGUUUCUGCUCUCAAAGCUCUGUCUAAUCAAUGGAAGAACACACCUCCGAGCUGGAGGCGUUCAAAUGACCCCUGUGAUCAGUGGGAUGGAGUCAACUGCACAGGUUCGAGGGUGAAGGAGCUGAAGCUAUUCAGCAUGAAUAUUGAGGGCAGAUUGAGUGGUGAUAUACAGAACCUUACCGAGCUGACACUCUUGGAUCUUUCAUCCAACAAAAAUCUGGGAGGUCCACUCCCACGAAGCAUUGGGAACUUGAAACAGCUUCAAACCUUGAGACUGAUUGGUUGCAGCUUCAGCGGUAGUAUCCCAGUUGAAGUGGGCAAUCUGCUUAAUCUCAAGAUCUUGUCUUUGAACUCGAACCAGUUCAAUGGUACAAUACCAGGAUCUCUGGGUAGGCUCUCCAAUCUUGAAUGGCUGGAUCUGGCGGAGAAUCAGUUGACUGGUAUUAUCCCGACUUCAUCAAAUGGGGCUUCAGGAUUGGACCAGCUUGUGAACAAUCUGCAUUUCCAUUUGAACCUAAACCAGUUAUCAGGCCCAAUUCCAAGUGAUCUUUUCAGAUCCAACAUGAAAGUUAUACAUAUGCUUCUUGACCAUAACAACUUUUCUGGGGAAAUUCCAGAGUCGAUAGGUCUUGCCCAGUCACUUCAAGUCCUUCGUCUAGAUGCAAAUUCUCUGAACGAAUCUAUUCCUUCUAGUAUCAACAACCUUACAAGGCUCAAUGUUCUAAACUUAGGUAACAACAAGCUGACCGGAUUGAUGCCAAAUCUGACUGGGAUGACCGCCCUCAAUUAUCUGAAUUUAAGCAACAACUUAUUUGAUCCAUCAGAAGCUCCAGCAUGGCUAUCAGAUGUACAAAAUCUCACAACUUUAAUUAUAGAGUCUGGAAAGCUUCAUGGGGAAGUGCCACAAACACUAUUUAGCUUACCUUACUUGCAAGAAGUGAGGCUUAACGACAAUGCAUUCAAUGGCACUCUCAACAUGGGCAGCAACAUCAGUCAGCAACUGAAGAUGGUGAAUUUUCAAAAUAAUAAUUUUAUCUCUGUUACACUCUCUUCCAACUACAACAAAACUAUAAUACUUGUUGGAAAUCCAGUUUGCAGUAAUCGUUAUCUGCAGGAAACGGAAUUUUGCGGUCAGGAACAAGACUCACAAUCUUAUUCCCCUGAAGUCAGUUGUUCGCACCCGUAUGAAGGACCAAUUAUCUGCAGAGCACCUUCCUUUAGUGACCAAAGUAUCGAUACAUCACAAUUGGAGAAAAAAAUUUCAACUUUGCUUCACACGUUUCCAGUUCACCACUCUCUUCGAAAUCAUUUCUUCGAUGUUAAUGCUUAUCUGGUAGUAGAGUUGAAGAUUUGCCCUCAAAGUGCAAAAUACUUCACCAGGAAUCAGACACUGCAGUGGUUUGACUUGAGUACCCAAAAUCUUGACCUCCCAUCUAUCUAUGGACCAUGCGUAUUCAAGCCUGAUACAUAUACUUUCCAACACAAUGUGUCUCCAGCCUGGAUCAUUGGAACAGCAGUUGGUUGUGCUGCUGCCGUGUUCAUCAUCGCAGGGCUGGGAAUCUAUGCUUUACGACAGAAAAAGCAAGCUAAAACAGCUAUCGACCUAAACAAUCCUUUUGCAUCAUGGGGAUCAACUGGUGAAGAUGCCGGAGAUGCUCCACAUCUAAAACUAGCAAGAUGUUUUUCUUUGGAUGAACUAAGGAAAUUCACUGAUGGUUUCUCAGUAGAUAAUGAGAUCGGAUCAGGGGGCUAUGGGAAGGUCUACAAAGGCAUGCUUUCUGAUGGACAGAUGGUUGCUAUCAAGAGAUCGCAGAAGGGUUCGAUGCAAGGAGGGCUUGAGUUCAAAACAGAGAUCGAGAUGUUGUCUAGGGUGCAUCACAAGAACCUUGUCGAACUUGUAGGAUUUUGCUUUGAAAAGGGGGAACGCACGCUAGUAUAUGAGUACAUUUCUAAUGGAACUUUAACCAAGAACUUGUCUGGGAGGAGUCAUAUAAAAUUGGACUGGAAACAGAGACUCAACAUAGCUUUAGAUUCGGCUAGAGGUUUAGCUUAUCUUCACGAGCUUGCUAAACCUCCAAUAAUUCACAGGGAUGUAAAGUCAACCAAUAUACUUUUGGAUGACAAUUUGAGUGCUAAAGUGGCAGAUUUUGGUCUCUCAACAUUAAUUCUGGACAGCGAUCAUGGCCAUGUUUCUACAAACGUCAAGGGAACACUGGGUUAUCUUGAUCCCGAGUAUUUCAUGACACAACAAUUGACUACAAAAAGUGAUGUUUAUAGUUUUGGUGUUGUGAUGUUAGAGCUGAUAACUGCUAGGCUGCCAAUAGAGAAAGGCAAAUAUAUUGUUCGUGAGGUGAAGAUGGCAAUGGAUAAGAGCGACAAAGAGUACUACGGUCUAAGAGACAUAAUUGAUCCAGCAAUUCUGAAUGUUGGAUCCCUAAUCGGUUUCCAGAGGUUCGUAGAAUUGGCUUUGCAAUGUCUCGAAGAUACAUCCGAAGAUCGUCCAACAAUGAAUGAUAUCGUGAAAGAAAUUGAGAUUUUAUUAAAAGACAACAGACUGGAGACAAAUUCAAUUUCAGCAUCUUCAUCUGCCACCUAUUUUGGGAAUGCAAGGGGUGCAUCUGAGCAACCAUAUGAUGAAAUGCCCAUCAGCAGCGAAGUGAACAGUGGUGUCUAUGGCAGUGAUAAGUAUUUGCUCUCACAAUGAAUAGAAACAAAUAGUUGGUACUUGUGCCGUCUACCAGUUCGAGGUCUAACUGGAUGAUUGCUCUUAAGAAUCGACUCAUAUGCACUUAAUCUUCUACUGUUCACUUCAUCCUAAAUCCAUCGUGUUCAGAUCUAACUAUGCUCACUGUUCAGUCAAAACAAUGACUUGGUCAUUAGCCUGUGUUUAUACAACUCAUAUAGUGCUAGGGCAUCCAUUUUGUCCUGUUUUAGCUUUGUAUAUGGUAAUUUUAUGAGAGAGACUCUUGCAUUCAUCUCCAUUUCAAUGUAGAAAACACUUUUGUAAUUGAAGUAGGAGAUUGCGCCAAAUGUAACUGUUUUCUUUUGGAGCCUUCA